CUGAUCCUUCACUGGCCCCUGAUUGGCCCCCACACGUUUGUGUAGGUCACUGUUUACAGAGGCUGGACGUGUCCUUUAGCCCCCUUUAGUGGUAGUGAUGACGACAAAGUGGACCACUGGUUGAUGGACUGUCUGAGGAGGUGUCUUCACAUUGUGCGUCCUCGUGAUGCCGGCUCGCUGUCAGUGGACCAGUUCUUAGACCCGAAUCCAGACAGUUCCAGUCGCUGACCAGCACCUAACUGGAAAAUCCUUUGGAAGUUCCCUUUGCGGCGUGUAGAGCAGAGUGAUCACAGUCCACAUGACCUCAUGAUGUCUUACAAACCAGACAGGAAGUCCAUCAUUUAUAUUUCUUAAAACCAGUGCAGACUGAAGUACCGGCGUCGUAGUUUUGGGUUGUUUACUGUCUGCAGGAACUCCGGGUGACUCAUCACGUGGGACUCCUCCUCACUCCAAAGGUCCUCCUGCCCAAGAAGGGGACGUGUGAGGUGAAGCCGUCUGAAUGGACGAGGAGGACACCGCUCCGUCUGCAGCCAGGACGAAGUCAAAGAAAUCCUCCAGAGACGUUCACUUCGCCAUCCUGUCGGAAAAAUACGAACCUCUGAUCGAGCAGGAGAACGAGGAGGCGACGAGGAGGAAGGAAGAGAAACGCAGGAGGAGGCAGGAGAGAUACAAAAAGUACAGAAAGAACGUCGGCAGGGCGCUGCGAUUCACGUGGCGGUGUCUGGUUGCCGGGUUACAAAACAUGGCGUCCAGUUAUGCCACACCCCUUUCAGCCAUAGCCACAGUGGUAAUGGACGUCUGGCCUUCCGCUAGCAGCAAAGCAUGAUGGGAUGGCAGACUGACUUUAGAGUUCAGUAAAACUGUCGGAGGAAGACGUUCCUGGAAACAUUUCACAGCAGGUUCUUUUGUAUUUUGAAGUAUUUUGUGUCAGUUAUUACAUUUUAUUGUAACUUAAUUAUAUUGUUUUGUAA